ACACAUUUGGGAAGAAGGGAGGAGAGAGAGAGAGAGAGAGAGAGAGAUAGAGGAAACAGAUUUAACUGAAAGCCGUUGGUGUUUAAACUCAACCGUUGACGACCGUUAUAUUUUAAACUCCGCAGUUUCUCAGCAGCAGGGAAACAGCGUACGUCGCCGCCUCCUCCUCCUCCUUCUUCAUCCUCCUCUUUCUUUAUCUUUUCCUCCUCCUCCUCCUCCUCCUACUCUUCAUCAUCCUCCACGGGUCCUCUCCAUGCCGGCGGAGGUCUCCGCGGGGCUGCCAUGGCGAAGAUCCGGGUGUCGUACGAGUACUCCGAAGCCGAGGACAAGAGCAUCAGGCUGGGGUUGUUCCUGAUCGCCUGCGGCAUCCUCAGCCUCUUCAUCCUGGGCUUCUGCUGGCUCAGCCCGACCCUCCAGAGCCUGCAGAGCAAGCCGGCCAACUGCACGGUGGUGUCGGUGUUGCGCCCGGAGGAGAUGUUCGAGUGUGUGUUUACGUGCGGUACCGACUGUAAGGGGACGUCUCUUUAUCCCUGCCUGCAGAUCUUCGUCAACAACUCGGAGUCCAACUCGGUGGCUCUGCUGCACUUCGACGAGCAACAGCUGGUCCUCAACCCAAAGUGUUCGUACGUGCCCCCCUGUGAGAGGGACAACCAGAAGAACAAAGACAGCGUCCUGUGGUGGGAGGAUUACUUCACCAAAGAGGUCAGCAGCCAGUCCUUCACGUGCUUCUUCAACCAGCAGAGGAGGCCAGACGACGUGCUGUGGCGCCGUUCCCACGACACCAGCGUCCUGCUGCACUGCGUCCUCUGGCCAAUGGUGUCGCUGCUCCUGGGCACGCUCAUCGUGCUCCUGACGGUGUGCGCGCGCUCCCUGGCCGUUCGCGCCGAGGCUCUCCAGAAGAGGAAAUGCUCCUACGAAGUGUGCCAAGACCUGUCCUCCUCCUCCGCCGCCGCCGCCGCCUCCGGGCCCUCGUCUCGCCGCGGCAACAACAAGGUCGACGACCCUCUCACGACGAACUCUGACCUGGAGAUGUCCUCGCCGACACGGACCCUGCCGCUGUUCGCGGUGCCGGUGAGACGCCGCGACCGGGAACAUUAGGACGAAACGGAAAAAAGCUGUUCGUGGAAUAGAAUCGGGAUGCUUACGAGCCAGUGGGCCAAGACGACUAAACUGGCUGAGGACUAGGGUUGGGUACCGAUUGGAUUUUUACGAUUCCGAUGCUGAACCGGUACUUUUAAAACGACUCCGAUUCCUAAACCGAUUCUUGAAAAACUGAAAAAUGUAUGGUUUUACGUCCGUUUUGGUGAGCCCAUAGGGGAAAUAUGGCAUUUUAAAAGUAGCUCUACAUUUACGGUAGCUAUAGCUAACGGUAUAGACUACAGAGGAAGUGGGAUAUUUUUACGUCCGUUUCGGAGCUACAGAGGGGCAAAAUAUUUCAGUCGACACAUUCAGUGGAACCGAAAUGAGGAGCCGAAAUUUACGUUCUAAUCCGGUCCGAUUCCUACCGGUUGCAGUAGGAAUCGGUUCCAUAGUGGAACCGGGUUUCGGUACCCAACCCUACUGAGGACGCCACCAACAACCCAACCGCUCUCUGGCGUGGUUUGUGUCAUCGGAAGUUUUAAAACCAGCAGCGAUUAGGAGAAGAGGAUGAUGGGAAACCCACCCUGUUGCCUAUAGAUUUCAGCAGAGACAUCAGCACCUUUCCCCUGGUUUUAACUAAAGAUGUUCCGAUACCAUUUUCCCAAUCCCGAUACUUGAACUUGCGUAUUGCCGAUAACUGAGUACCGAUCCGAUACCGGUGUGUUAAAAAAUAUAUAUAUAGAGAGAGAGAGAGAGAGAAAGUGCCGCUACAGUACCGUUACAGCCGUUCCCCGGCUGCAGAGAUGCAGAGAGCCGAAGACCCAGAAACACUGACCAAUCAGAGAACACCGGGAGUUUUCAGGGGGAGGUCUUAAAGAGACAGGCAAAAAAACUUGAAGUUUCAGGCUGAGGGUGAAUACAGGUCUAUUCAGACAGACAGUAAGAGAGAAAUAUGUUUUUUGAAAAUGACAGCAUGUAAACAUGUUCCAGUAGAGACCCAAAAUACAAGUAUGUACCUGAUAAUGAGCUUAAGAUGGGACCUUUAAAAUCAUAGGAUGUCAACUUCUUUCCCCAAUCAAGUAAGUGCAUAUAUAUAUAUAUAUAUAUAUAUAUAUAUAUAGGUAUAUAGGUAUAUAUAUCAUAUCAACCUGAACAAACGCAAACCAUGAAAGCCAUCGAACCGUCUUUAUUAUCACAUGAACAAUGAAAGUCUUUUAUUAUCCAGUUUGACAGCGAGUCAUAACGGAAAAUUAACAUAAAUAAACUCCUUUUAAAAGUAGAUGUUCUUCAGGGCUAAAUUACGUGGUAUCGGAUCAGUGCAUAAACUCCAAUACUCGCCGAUACAGGACGUACGUUUUAGGCAGUAUCGGAGGCUUUUUUCCGACACUGGUAUCGGAACAGCUCUAGUUUUAACCCAACAAACCAGACCAGUGGAUCUGGACUGGAUCUCUUGGAGGCUGCUGAGUUAAAUCCUCUGAUUAUAAUCAGCAUUUCUUCUGCGUUAAGGGUCCUAAACGAAGGGUUGUCAUAGCGACACGUGAUGCUGCGAUAGAUGGUACCGUGGAUUGUGUGUCCGGAACAGUGAGACAAACUUCAUGCAAAAGGACUCAACUCUUCACUGCGCUCUUAACUAACUGUAGCUCUUCUAUUAAUGUAGUUUUCCCUUUGAGUCCCAGUAGCCACAAAUGUUGAUACAUUAGAGAGCCACAGUCCUGACACCUCAUCAGGCUUUGCUGCUCCUCUAGCUUCUAAGACUGAAGAAUGCAAUCCUUCGUUGAGGGGUUUCUUCCAUCCGUCUUUCUCCAUACAUUCAUUCAUUUCAUUGAGUUGCGAGGAACCAUGCACUAUAUUAAAGAUAUCCAUUCCCACAGCACUGAUUCCAUCGAUAACAGUCGUGUCAUACUAAUACAACACACAGUACUGUUCAUGUACAUGUAGAUUUUUUCUCCAGUCGCUUCUACUUUGCUGUUUUUUUUUUAAUUAGUGCAAUAACAUUACACAAAGAACACAGGGCCAUUGGUUCAUUAACCCUUGCGAUGUCCUCCGUCUGUUUUAACGUUACCUGUUUAUGAAACAUAAAGUAUUAAUUAUCACUAUAAUUCUUGCGUUACAUGUUCUUAGCCAACUUCAUUCCAACUUGUUACCACUAGUUUUACACCUCUUGUUGGAAUUCAAUGGUCAACAAACUUCAUUUAUAUGAAAUUAUACCUAAUUUCUUUCCUAAACCCAACCGUUUAUUGUUUUCCUAAGCGUGUGACGUUGG